UCAGUGACCAGGAGGACUUUCGGACAUAGUGGAAUUGCUGUGCAUACUUGGUAUGCCUGCCCUGCCUUGAUCAAGUCCAUCUGGGCUAUGGCCAUUAGUCAACAUCAAUUUUACCUGGACAGGAAGCAGAGCAAGUCCAAAAUCCACGCGACAAGAAGCCUGAGUGAAAUUGCCAUUGACCUGACGGAAACUGGAACGCUGAAGACCUCCAAAUUAGCCAACAUGGGCAGCAAAGGGAAGAUUAUCAGCGGCAGCAGUGGGAGCCUUUUGUCAUCAGGUUCUCAAGAGUCGGACAGUUCUCAGUCUGCCAAAAAAGACAUGUUGGCCGCCUUAAAAUCCAGACAGGAAGCCCUGGAGGAGACCCUGCGGCAACGCCUGGAGGAACUGAAGAAGCUGUGUCUCCGGGAAGCGGAACUUACCGGAAAAUUGCCGAGAGAGUAUCCCCUCAACCCAGGGGAGGAGCCCCCAAUUGUGAGAAGAAGAAUUGGUACUUCUUUUAAACUGGAUGAACAGAAAAUGCUCCCCAAGGGAGAGGAAGCUGAGCUGGAACGCUUGGAAAGAGAAUUUGCCAUCCAGUCCCAGAUCACGGAAGCUGCCCGGCGCCUGGCCAGCGAACCCAAUGUCAGCAAGAAGCUGAAAAAGCAGAGGAAGACGUCCUACCUGAAUGCGCUGAAGAAGCUUCAGGAGAUUGAAAAUUCCAUCAAUGAGUACCGUAUCAGAUCCGGGAAGAAGCCCACCCAAAGAGCUUCGCUGAUCAUAGAUGAUGGGAACAUUGCCAGUGAAGAUAGCUCCCUCUCAGAUGCUGUUGUCCUGGAGGAUGAAGACUGCCCUGUUACCAGCACAAUAUCCCCUUUACAGUCACCUCACAAAGGGCUCCCUCCUCGCCCCCCCUUGCACAACAGACCUCCCCCUCCACAGUCUCUGGAGGGUCUCCGGCAAAUGCACUAUCACAGGAAUGACUAUGACAAGUCCCCCAUUAAGCCCAAGAUGUGGAGCGAGUCUUCCUUGGAUGAACCUUACGAGAAGGUGAAGAAGCGUUCUUCUCACGGCCACUCCAGUCACAAGCGGUUUCCCAGUACUGGAAGUUGUGUGGAAGGUGGAGGAAGCAACUCUCUUCAGAACAGCCCAGUGAGGAAUCUUCCCCAUUGGAACACUCAAUCCAGCAUGCCAUCGACACCAGAUCUACGGGUACGCAGUCCACAUUAUGUCCAUUCCACCAGAUCGGUGGACAUCAGCCCUACCAGACUGCAUAGUUUAGCUCAGCACUUUAGACACCGAAGUUCCAGUUUAGAAUCGCAAGGAAAGCUUCUUGGCUCGGAAAACGAAACGGGGAGCCCCGACUUCUACACCCCAAGGACUCGUAGCAGUAAUGGGUCAGACCCCAUGGAUGACUGCUCCUCCUGUACGAGCCACUCCAGCUCCGAGCAUUACUACCCGGCCCAGAUGAAUGCCAAUUACUCCACGCUGGCGGAGGACUCGCCCUCCAAAGCUCGCGAGCGCCAGAGACAGCGACACAAGUCAACUGGAAACCUCGUUUGCUCCAAUUCGGGAAGCAUGCCCAACCUGGCUGCCGGCAACGGGACCGCCCAUCACGGCGUCUACCUGCACAGCCAAAGCCAGCCUUCCUCCCAGUACAGGAUCAAAGAGUACCCGCUGUACAUCGAAGGGAGCUCGACGCCGGUGGUGGUGCGCAGCCUCGAAAACGACCAGGAGGGACACUACAGCGUGAAAGCACAGUUUAAAACGUCCAAUUCGUACACAGCGGGGGGCAUGUUUAAGGAGAACUGGCACGGGGACGAAGUGGACUCCCUCCGGUUGACUCCCUCCCGGUCUCAGAUCAUAAGGACUCCUUCGUUGGGGAGAGACGGCCACGAAAAGGGAUCGGGGAGGACUGUGGUCUCGGAUGAGCUCAGACUAUGGUACCAGCGGUCCACGGCCCCCCACAAAGACCACAGCCGGUUGUCGCACACAAGCUCCACUUCGUCGGAUAGCAGCUCCCAGUACAGUAACUCCUCUCAAAGCACCUUCGUGGCGCACAGUAAGGUAACCAGGAUGCCUCCCAUGUGCAAAGCAACGUCAGCUGCCUUACCUCACCAUCCGAGGACUUCAACCACCACAUCUAGUGAUUGUGGGUCUUUGACCCCCAGCUGUCCACACCACAUCUUAGCUUGGCAAACUGGAGAUGCCAGGGACAGCUCACCCACUAUGGAUGAGUCUCCAUCUCCAACUCAACCAAGUACUGAUGAUUAG